AUGAUUGGUAUUAAUGUCACCGCCAUUUUCUGUAUAUUCACUGGAUAUCCACAAGUGGACCAAGGUUAUGCGGUCAAAUGUUAUCUAUCUAUCUAUCUAUCUAUCUAUCUAUCUAUAUAUAUAUAUAUAUAUAUAUAUAUAUAUAUAUAUAUGUCUCAAUUUUUUUCAUUUCAACUCUUUUUCUUCAUUUCUCUCUCUCUUUCUAUCUCUAACUAUCUCAUUCGGUUCAUUAUCUAUCUAUCUAUCUAUCUAUCUAUCUAUCUAUCUCAAUCUUUUCAUCCCCUCUUUCUUUCUUUCUUUCCCUCUCUCUCUCUCUCUGUGUUCAAUAUCUAUCUAUCUAUCUAUCUCUGUCUUUUCAUCCCUCUUUCUUUCUUUCUUUCUUUCUUUUCUUUCCCUAUCUCUUUCUGUCUCUUCAUUAUCUAUCUAUCUAUCUAUCUCAAUCUUUUCAUCCAAUCUUUUCAUCUUUUCUUUCUUUCUUUUCUUUUUUUCUUUCUUUCUUUUUUUUUCUUUCCUUUCUCCUCUCUCUGUGUUCUAUCUGUGUUCAAUAUUAUCUUUUCAUCCCUCUUUCUUUGUUUUUCAUCUUUCUUUCUUUUCUUUCUUUCUUUCUUUCCCUAUCUCUUUCUGUCUCUUCAUUAUCUAUCUAUCUAUCUAUCUAUCUAUCUCAAUCUUUUCAUCCCCUUUUUCUUUCUUUCUUUCUUUCCCUAUCUCUCUCUCUCUCUCUGUCUGUUCAUUAUCUAUCUAUCUAUCCAUCUAUCUCAAUCUUUUCAUCCCUUUCUUUCUUUUCUUUCUUUCUUUCUUUCUUUCUUUCUUUAUUUCUUUCCCUAUCUCUCUCUCUCUCUGUCUGUUCCUUAUCUAUCUAUCUAUCUAUCUAUUUAUCUAUCUAUCUCAAUCUUUCCAUCCCCUCUUUCUUUCUUUCUUUAUCUCUCUCUGUUCAUUAUCUAUCUAUCUAUCUAUCUAUCUAUCUAUCUAUCUAUCUAUCUCAUAAAUCCAUACUGA